CGCAGGAUUUGCGCGUCAGCUGUGGCGAGAAAGAGAGAGUGAGAGGCCAGUCUCGCCGAAACAGAUGAAGACGUACAAGUGAAAAAAUAGCCGAUCUUACCCGAAGGCGGUCGAACUGCUCCGAUUACAGGACACGACAAACCCGAUUAAAGCAUAGUGCAUCGAGCGGAUCAGUCUUUUUCUAUGCAUAACGCGAGUAUAAUAACAUAAGACAGGCGUCGAGGAAAAACGCGAUUGAAUCGUCACUUCAGUCGCGAUUGUCGCAGAUCGUCGCUACUUUGCGGAGUGCAUUUUUUAAGCAUUGCUGAGGCAAGAAAGGUGCGGCAUAAUCCCCGAAAGACCUGCCUCAGUCGAGAGUUGACGGAAGCGCAGCUGACACAUACUCUAAAAAUUUGCAGUUUACGUUUCGAUCGUUAAGGGGAUGUCGGAGCAACGCUGAUUGGUCGAAAUGUUCUGGUUUUCCUAACGUCUAAAAUAUUUUGGAUCAUAACUAAUAAGUACAUACACUUAUUUAUCGCACAUAAACGCAGUGUUCCGAGGUGCGUAUUAUAAAAUUGUACAUUUACAAGCGCUUGAAUAUGUACACCAAUGUGUAAUUUAGACAAACAAUGAGAACUACGGCACGAGGUAAAGGCGAGGAUAAAAGUGAGAAUCUGGAAAAUGAGCGUCAUUUUCUCGUGCAAUAUUUCAUGAUAUAAAGUUUUUUAAUCAUUAAAUCGUUAAAAACUCUGUGUUUCGAGGUCACUUACACGAUAUGGAACAAUCAUCAAUUUAAUUUUCCUUGAUUUGAAGUAUAUUAAAAGCAAAUAAUGAGCACCACGAGGUGAGGUCACAAUCAGUAAAGUUCGCUCCGACAGCCCCUUAAUUUCCAACCAUUUUCAAGUUUAUAAUCUAUGAUGCAGAAUAAAAUGACGAACAAUUUUAUUUAGUGCACAUACCAUCAAGUUACUAGAGCCUGCUAUAAAACAUCGUCAGCAUUAUAAGAUAAGAAGAUAAUAAUUAAGUUGCAUGGAUAUUGUGCAUAAUUUUUCUAACUUGCUUCAAGUUUCGAGUUACCUACUUGCGUAUUAAGGCCACCGAGCAGAAUUGGAAACUGUGAUAAACUAGUCAUACUAUUGAAAGCUGUGAAACUCACUUAACAGUAUACAAUAACCUGGAACUUUAUGCACAAACAACUAAACUGUUGUACAAACCUAAUGGAUAUUUUUAUGCAGUGUGAAAAGGAUGCGGACGAUUUCACCACUGAAAAAAACAUCGUGAAAGGUGCUAAAAUUGAUUACGGUGUACAAAACCAAAGCAUCGGCCAAAUACUCCUCGAUAUUUUCCACAAAUAUGGAGAUUAUACAGGAUGGACGGAGUCUGAAUCUGGAAGGCAAAUGACUUACGCACAAAUAAAAGACAAAAGCAUUCGAUUAGCACUUUGGUUCCAACAACAAGGAAUAGGAUCCGGAGAUGUCAUAACAAUAUGUUCUUCCAACUGUCUGAAUAAUUAUGUAGUUAAUUAUGCGAUUCUCUACGUUGGCGCAGUUUACAAUCCUUGGCAUCACGAAUUUACGUUAGAAUCAGCGCGUUAUGCAUUCAAACUAACUCGGCCAAAAGUCAUGUUUGUAUGCUCCAACAUGAUCGACACGAUCGAAAAGGCCGCAAAAUUGGAAAAUCUAGAUGUAAAAAUCGUUACUUACGAGGACUUUCCCAAUAAAGAAAUGAUAGAUGAUUUGAUCCAGGCAUCAAAGGAGGAAGACGUAGAUCGGUUUGCUGUUCAAAAAAUUGAGGAUCCAUCAACUCAAAUAGCCGGUUUGUUGUUUUCGUCUGGAACCAGUGGUGCACCAAAAUGCGUCACGAUGACUUAUCAAUCUUUAUUGAAUAUCAUUUUGACCAAUGCAAAAGUCGUUAUCAGGCCAAAUGAUGUAAUACUUUGGUAUUCGGUCCCGUACUGGAUAGUUUCCACAGUCUACACGCUCUCUACCGUUUUUCGAAAAAACAAAGUAAUUAUUUGUGAGAAAAGCUAUGAUUUUGAAAGAAUCUGUCAGCUCAUCGAAGAGCAUAAGAUUAAUACAGUAAUAGGACAUCCAAAUUUACUGGUCAACUUUAGUAAACAUAAGUUCGCCAAUAGGUACAAGCUUGGUUCGCUGAAUCGCGUAUUUGUCAGUGCAUCCAAAUUAGGUCAGGAUACCGCGGAGCAAUUCCGUAACGACUUUCCGCACAUUAGCCUGUAUCAAGGAUAUGGGAUGACGGAGCAUGGUUUGAUAUUCAUGCAAAAUGAGAGAUGUAAAAAUUCCGAAUCUGUUGGACACAUUGUUCCAAAUGCUUGGGUCAAAAUAGUCGAAAUAGAAACGGGCCAAGUUUUGGGCUUCGAUGAACAGGGUGAGAUUUGCUGUAAAAGUCCUAUGCUAACUCCCGGCUACCAAAACAACCCAGAAGCCACGGCUGAAACGAUCGAUAAAGAGGGUUGGCUACACACCGGCGACAUAGGAUAUCGCGACAAAAAUGGCGAAUUCUUCAUAGUCGACAGAAUCAAAAGUGUGAUCAGAUACCGCUUUCACCAUAUUUACCCUUCAGAAAUCACAGAGCAUCUGCUCAGACAUCCGGACGUUCUAGCAGUCGGUGUAACUUCAUUUCCUCACGAAGAAGACGUGGAACACGCCAUCGCUUUCGUUCAGAGAGUCCCGGGAUCGAAGGUCACAGAAGACGAGCUCGUCGAGCACUCGGCUAAACUGGGCUACUACAAGAAGCUCUGGGGAGGCGUUAAAUUUUUGGACGCCCUGCCGCGCACCGCCUCGGGAAAGAUAGCUACCAAUACUCUCAAAGAGAUGGCUAAAUCGCACGCUCAGAAUUACUGAAGGCAAGAGUAAUAAACAAUCCGAGCAACGCAAUCCAUCGGGCACCUGUCUCCGCGUUCGUCUAUGCACCCGUUCUAUACCUCCCACUCGAAGAACGGCCGACUGCUCUCUCCAAUUAGUCUGCGCGCGCCAGACCACCCUCGCCGAAGAAAUGGGUACAGCAACGGGCCAAACAAGGGAGUGAAUUAAUAAAACGUGAGCGCGCGCGCGCGCUCCUACGUCGCCCCCCUCUACGACCGUAGCCCAACAAGCAACGCACAGAUGUCCGCCCUUUGCUUUCCUCCGUUUUGUUCUGUCUCUCUGUCUCUUUUUGUCUUGUAAUAGUUUUCGGGCUCACUGUUUCUGUACAUCGACGUAUAGCUCAAUCUGUUUUUCUCUUUAAAUGGAAAUCCGAACGAAUGCUGCGAUUCCUGCGUUAACGACAUCGAGAUUAAUAGCACGUAAGAUUGAGAGUAUGUACGCGAGGUAGUUUAUUUUCAAUGUCGACGCAUUCAGCGAGAACAGUCACCGAUUCUCAUUCGCUCUACACAGGUACAUUCGACUAGUACAGAUAUACGAUCAUCAACUUGCCCUAUCAAAAUAUAAGCUUAGCUUUCAUCGAUUCGCAAUUAAGCAUUUAACCCACUAGUAUAUAAUCUAAUUAUUUCAUUCCGCGUACGCACUUCUCCCUCGCUCAUUUCUACCUCUCUUUCUCUUGCAUUCCCCCUUCUCUAGCUUUCCGCUUUUUUCUCCCCGCCCGUACUCUCGCACAAGCGAAGGGCAAUUCUUUUAUUUUAUUGCCCGGGACAUAAUGGAAAAUAGUUCUCGCGUGCUCGGAGGGAGUGAGCCGGAGCGCCGACCAAACGGCGUAUUCCUUUUUUACUCUUUUCUCCUGCUGCCACGGCGUAUUUAUCUUCCUCUCUUCUCAGGUCUCUCCCUCCAUCUCUGUUUUGACGCUAUUGUUUCUGUAAUAUAGAUCGUGCGCAGACAGGUUCGCGUUUUCACUUUAUCGACGAAACAAAUAAUUCUUGCUCAAUUUGCAAAAACACAUCGGUCGCAACAGGAAGGAGCAGCAUUCGAUAAUUCUAAAUCCCGUCAAUAUAACAUUACAAUAAAGAGAUGGCGGCAAAGUGGAUCAAUCGAAAAUAGAGAUGAGAAUCGUAAGCCGCACACAGAAGUACAAAAGCGUGCAGAAUGCGGACAUAUGCAAAACUCCCGCGCGGGCACUGCAGCAGCAGCAGCAGCAGCAGCCGAGAAGAUCGUCGCUCUCGCCCCCCUGCGCGCAACUUCGCAUUUGAAUAAACGUUCGCGCGUUAAUAGUUUUCGUUUAGGCCUACAUGAGAGGGAACACGUGCAUAUUUAUCGUGAUUUAUGGACUUUUCGCCGGCUACGCGCUCUUGUUUUGCAUUCAUCGGGGGCGGGAUACGCUUUGAGUAUACGAAAAAAGUGCACGGCGUGAACGCGAGGUGCCCUAUUGGGUCGUAAUUUUUAAGUUUUAAUUUCACGAUUUUUUUCAUUGUACCCAGGUCGAUGCGAAGCCAUUUGUCAGCUCGAUUCAAAGCGAUAGCUGUAGUAUAACUUUGUGAAUCUCGCGCUUUUGUUGAAAAAUAAACCUGCAAAUAUAACGCCCAAAAAUAAAGCUCCUUGUGUAUACUUCCUAUACACCGCGUCCCCUCGAGAACCUCUCAUUUUUCAUAUUUUUUUUACCAGCCUGCAGAGUCGAUCCGUCAUCGUAGAACGAGCCCCCCGAAAAAAAGGUUUCCGUAAAAAAGGGGUACACGCGCGGCGCUUCUCGAAAAAGGGGUUGAACGCGACAACGCGCAUUUUCCACUUGACGAGCUUCGAAAUUAGCGGCAGUAGCGGAGACAUUUACAAGGCCCUUUUUCGAGGCGCAGGAAAUGGGCGCGACGAAAGCGUGCACCAGGUGACGAGGUGAGUAGAGACGCUUGUUUUUCCGUGCGAUUGCGCCGCGAGUGCGUGACGGCGCUUCGUACCGUGGAUUUGUUCGCAAAAAUAUAUAGUACAUGGGUAUUCGUUGAGUCGAAACCCUAUAGAAAACAAAAAUCAUUUAAAUACGCGCGUUCGAAAAUUUUCAAUCACCCAACAUUAAUGUUCUGCUCAGACGCGCGUAUACGGAAGACACGAUAAAUCACUCGACAACGCGAUCGACUCUACCUCCUUCAUGAGCGAUUAACCCCUUUGUGCGAUCGACUGCGCGCGAUGACGCUGCACGAAAAAUUCUCCGCUGCAGCGAUUUCACGGACAUCCCGAGACCGCACGAAUUUUCUUCGGCCCCCUUCGGCCCUUUAACCCAUCUGCGACUGCGUAAAAUUUAAAUAAAUGCGUCCCGAGCCAGCCCCGACACGGCGCGUUACGCUGACAUGCUAAUCUCGGGCUCGGCUUGAGUUAUGGGCCUGCCGUCCUGCAAACCUGUUUCGCCGUACUCGUCACCUUGCGCGCAGUUACAAGAUAUUAACGCCGAUGUUUAAUGCGACAUAGUUUUAUCGACACGGGCUCACAAAGGGGAUUGGGCUCCUUUCAUCAUGCCAGGAUGGGGGGUAUACGAAACGAUACUUUGAGACUAAAAUUCGCAUGGUCCAAUCAGCAUGACCCAUACAAUUGAACACCGACUUCGCCCGGUGUCUCUAAAAAACUCGAAACCCCCUCCACAUGGCAGCGCCCCGGAAUAUCAUCUCUUCCACUUCCACGACGACGCAGAAAGGCACUUGCAGCCCGUAUCACGUGUGCGUAUAAUACUGGAGAGAGAAAAAAGCGUAUGUCCCAUUCGCACACUGGCUGCCUCCGAAAGCGGCUCCCGGCCGUAUCUCGAUCUGGAGGAGGAGAUAGGGAUCGCCCCAUUAAAAUCGAGCGAACGCGCGGCCAUCCAUUACGGCCUAAUCCACUUUGGCCCGUUGAUCUUGACGAUCGGUUUCAAUUCUUCGCCGUCGCGCGAUAUGCAAAUAAUCCCCGAGAAGCCGGCCGAUUAUCCGCGUAUGAAUACUAAAAAAGCAGAGAGACGGGGAGAUAGGCGCGAUAGCGUUGAUGUUUUAAUCGGACUGAGUCUGACGCGACUCCGGGCGUGGAUCAGCUUGAUGGAUCUGCAGCUUGUUUGUUUACCUUUUUGCGACGGCGUUGUAUAUGAGACAAAGCUUUGGCUUUGAGCGAAAAAGCGCACGAGUCUUUUCCUUCGGAUUGUACGUCAUUCUCCUUCGAGAUGAUUAAGAUCGAUGAAUCAACAUUUGCUCAUUGUUGUAAGUUAAAAAUUGAACAUACCUAAAUACGCACAUUUAUCAAUAGAAUUCGCAUCAAUAACCUCCGCGGCGCAGCGGUAGGUAAAAUUUCAAUUAGAAAAGCCCCAAUCAACCUGUUCCUCGCCAAGCGACCCUAUAUAGUACGACCCGGCGCACACAAGCUUCGAAUCUCUUCUACAUUAUGCAGCUUCCAUCUACUUCGAUUCCGCAAGAUCAUCACACGACCAGUCGCGCAGCUCCGCAGUAUAGGUACAGUAAACCACGAUGGUAAAUGGAAAAGCCGGCGACGCGGCGGCCGUAUAACCCCCCUCGAAAGAUUCCGAACGCGCGCUGCCAGCCCCGGCUUAUCCGGGCUUAUUCCGGCUUAUCCCAAUCAUUGCCAGCCCGAGCCCGGUGCCAAUUACGACGAAUCAACGUCACGCGGCACAAUGACACGCGCGUAUAUCGCAGGACGCCGGUUGAUAUUGAGACGUGUAUUAUUGCGUCGGGCAACGAUGGGAUCGACUCGACGGGCGCACGUCGAUCAGAAAUUUUUCAUUUGCUACGAGUUCCAUUAAUAUGCGCUGCUGCGGUACACGGCGGGCUCCUGCUCGAGAGGAAAUGGUUGUUUACAGGGCUACAUCGGAAGUGGUUCUGUGUGACGCUUAUAAAUAUUCUGUCUUCUAUAUACCAGAUUUUAUUUUCAAAUAACCUUAUUGGUCCACUUAUUCGUAUAAAAGAUCCACGCGUGUGCUCAACGCCAUAUAUAACAUCUGCAACAAUGCACCCACUGUUCAACAAAACUCUUCAGGGCAAUGAUCCUCGACAAAGCGCCAUUAUAUAACACGCACAGUGGACCGUCGAAAAUUCAUUGUAAAUCCUCCGAAAAAUUCGUCAGGAUCAAUAUUUAACGAGGAAUCAGAGGUGGGAGACGAAUCGAAGGGAGCGAUGAGCCCUCGGAAAGUGAUUUUCGUCAUAAUGCGAUGGGCAAACAGCCCGCCGAGAUCCGGCCUGGGAUCCCGAACACCUGAGCAUGCGAACUGCGCCCGAGGAAUCGGAAGAGACAAUGCGCAUAAAGCCCUUCUCAAACAUCGCCUCCCGUUCCGAGUACGCGCGAGCAGUGCGUCUGCGGCAAAGUGAUCUCGCUGCGGGACCAUAUAUUAUUGUCUCGAUGAAAUUCGUUGGCAGAGCGGAGAUUCUCGAGUGAGCUGGCUGAUAUAGUAUUAAUUUAACCGAAUUUUUUCGUUCAAAAACUAUAACUUGCCGAGUAUUCCAAUCAAGGCAGAAAAGACCCCAACCUCCACAUCAAAGCAGAAAUUAAAAGCUCACAGCAAAUCAGUGUCCCCCCAUCAGUUCAGGCAUCGAUAUCCCUAUACGCAUAAGACCGGAUAAAUAGACGCCAAUUUCACGAAUACACGCAUCCGGGCCCGAACCUGCUUUCCAUUGUGUGCCACGCGAAAGAGAGCAAACACAAAUCCCGCGCACCGAUCGCUCGAAUAAUAUUGAUCCUGCGAACGCCCACGCGCUCGCAUAAUACGGGCCGAUUCGAAUGAAUGAGAGGUAGGGAUGGAGAGGCAAAAGCCAGCAUUGACAGCCGGUCAUUACGCGCAUCGUGCUCGUACACAGCAAAGAGUGUAUACAUGUCGGGACGUACGGGCGCACGUCACUCACCUCCGACUCUUGUAAAUCAAGCCGCUAUAUCAGUUCUUUUUUUUCGCUACUCGUCGGUGGUUUGCUUACUAUACCGGGGGCAAGUUUGGCUGCAAGUUACUGUCGGCUAUUGUUCAAAAAGCGCAUUUUUUUGAAUUAUUUCUUUCUCCUUUCUCGCAAGACUUGCCGUCGCCUAUUGACUUGCUCGUGGCCAGCUGGCGAUUUUGGCCAUUCAAUCGCUGCUGAUCCGCUCAUUCUUUCGCUGACCCGAAAGUCAGGAUCCUCGCAGCGAAAGGAAAAGCGAUAUGCUUAAUACCUGGCGAGAGAGCUUCCUUCCGUCCGCUGUACGCUUGACUUUAAUUCUGACUGUGAUUGACAGUUGACUGAGCCGAUUCUUCGGAAUGUCUUUGUCACCAGAAAUGUGAAAGCCGCUCUUUCAAUUUGUCAAUGAAUAAGAAAUUAGAGCUUUUCAAAAGUUUUGGAGGCUCAAAGAACGUACAGCGACACGAUUCGGCACAUUACACAGCAUUGUAGUAUUAUUAUUUAUAAGGAAAAAAUGUAAUAAAAGUCGAAACACUCACCAACGAUAUCAUAAUUGUAAAUUAGUACACCAUCAUUAAUAAAUUUUUACAAAAGAUUA